AUGAGGUUACUGGAUAUGUACAAGGUCGAAACGCUCGACACCCGCUUCGCCUCCAAGAACCCAGGCGAACCACUCCCCAAUGCUCAACCGUCGAAAUGGAGGACGCCGGAAUACUACUUCUACUAUGCCUGCUUCCUGACCAUUCCCGUCUUCAUGUUCAAGGCUGUCUAUGAUGUCUCACAGCCUAGUCAUCCGGGCUACAAGAAGUUUGAAACCCUUCUGAGCGAUGGCUGGAUUCCUGGCCGAAAGGUCGAUAAUUCAGACGAGCAGUAUCAGGGGUUUAGGAACAAUAUCCCUUAUAUGGCUUUGCUUCUGGUCGCUCAUCCACUCUUGAGACAAGUCUAUGAUCGACUCGCUGGUUCAAAUUCAACUGGGAAGGACAAUGCAGCCACAGCCGAUGCUAGGCUACGGCGACGGACUACAUUCGAUCUACUCUUCGCCAUCGUCUUCAUCGUCGCUCUACAUGGUGUAUCUUCGCUAAAGAUCCUGGUCAUCCUAUGGCUCAACUAUCAAAUCGCCACCGCACUACCAAAGCAAUACGUGACAGCUACAACCUGGACCUUCAACAUCGCCAUCUUGUUCGCCAACGAAUUAUGCCGUGGCUACCGCUUCGCAGACAUCCUUGCAGUGACACUACCACCUCAGACUACAAACGCUGGAAGCGCAUCUACGUCAGAUCUCGGAGCCUGGAUUGACAGCUAUGGCGGCCUGAUACCACGCUGGGAAGUCCUCUUCAACAUCACCGUCCUGCGCCUCAUAUCCUUCAACCUUGACCACCUCUGGAUGCUCGACCGCCAAGCCAGCAGUCCCCUCGAGAGGAAAAACCUCGAUCCGACCACCCUCUCCGAACGCGACCGCGUCUCCCUCGGCGCCCACCAAACCGAAUAUACCUUCGCCAACUACCUCUCCUUCAUCCUCUACAGCCCCCUCUACCUCACCGGCCCCAUCCUAAACUUUAAUGACUACAUCUCCCAAUCCCGCCACCCGCUGCCGAGCACCAAACGCUCCCGCAUCGCUCCUUACGCAAUCCGCUUCAUCAUCUGCCUCCUCACAAUGGAGCUAGUCCUGCACUACCUCUACGCCGUCGCAAUCUCUAAAUCCCAUCCGGACUGGAGCACUUAUUCACCAUUCCAACUAAGCAUGCUAGGCUACUUCAACCUGCACAUCAUCUGGCUCAAACUCCUCCUCCCCUGGCGCUUCUUUCGCCUCUGGUCUCUCAUCGACGGCAUCGAUCCGCCGGAAAACAUGGUACGGUGUAUGUCAGAUAACUACUCCGUCCUGGCCUUUUGGCGAGGAUGGCACAGAUCUUUCAACCGCUGGAUCGUCCGCUACAUUUUCAUCCCCAUGGGCGGGACGGGGCGCGAUGUGCCGGGUUGGCGGAAAGCGGUGAAUUAUGCCGCUGUGUUUACUUUUGUCGCGUUGUGGCAUGAUAUCAAUCUUAAACUUCUGAUCUGGGGGUGGUUGAUCGUGUUGUUCGUGUUGCCGGAGGUGGUGGGACGGAUGGUGUUUCCGGCGAAGAGGUUCAAGGAUCGACCGAAUAUGUACAGGUGGUUGUCUGGUGCGGGAGGGGUGUUUAAUAUUUUGAUGCUUAUGGCUGCGAAUCUGGUCGGGUUUGCGCUGGGGUUGGAUGGGUUGAAGGGGUUGGUGGAUGGGAUUGUGAGUAGUCUUGGCGGCAGGGUGUUUUUGCUGGGGGCUUGUAUGACGUUAUUUGUUGGGGUGCAGGUUAUGUUUGAGUGGCGGGAGGGGGAGAAGAGGAGGGGCGUGGAUUUGAAGUGCUGA